AUGGCGAAACGAUCUUCUUCUUCUCGGCCUCGCUCUUCUCCUCCGCCUCCGCUGAGAAGAAUGAGAACUCGCUCUUGCCCUGCGCCAGAUGAAGACUACGAUUCUGAUUGCAUGAUCAUAGAAGUAGAAGAAGAAGAAGUCGUAGACGUAAAAGUAGAAGAAGUUGUAGAAGUGGUAGUAGAAGAAGAGGAAGAUGAUGAAGAGGAGGAGGAAGAAGAAGUAGUAGAAGCAGGAAAGGGUGUGGAGAAACCUGCUCCAGCAAAGGCUCAUCGCGACGAGGAAAAAUCUCAGAAGAAGCCCACGGCUGAAUCCAAGUACCCGACCAUCGUCAAGAAGCAGAGGAAGCCGAGAACCCAGCGAAGCUUGUCACUGGUCAAUAUGAUCAUCAAGAUCAACGAUGACAUCCGAGCAAGAAGGGAGAAAGAAGCGAAAAAAAUGUGA